AGAACAGAGGGCAGUGGGGAAACCGAGGCUGGGACGCUCGAUUGUCCCCGUGGUCCGCAUGCGUGGGGAGGACGCGGCUCGGCCUGUUAGGGCUGGGACGCCGAGGCUAACAGCGGGGAAGGAGGGUCAGGCCCGCCCUGCCGCCCUGCCGGGCUAGACUGCCAGACUAGGGAUUUCGCGCGCAGCGUUGAGCACUCGCCAGGCAGGUUCCCUGCCCGCACUGCAAAGCGUUUCCAACAAGUAGGAAGCGAAUGCACCAGCCGCGAAAAGUAUGGAAAGAAUUCAUCGCUGGUGUCUCCAAACAAAGCAUCCGUGAACGGAUUUGGGACUACAUGGAGUCCCAUGAUAUAGCUGACUUCCCCCGACCUGUUCACCACAGGAUCCCCAACUUCAAGGGUGCUUCUCGGGCUGCAGAGCAUUUCCCACGCCUGCAUGCUUUCAGUGCGGCCAGAACCAUUAAAGUCAACCCUGAUGCUCCUCAGAGAAACGCCCGCUUCCUGGUGCUGGAGAGCAAAAAAACACUGCUGGUCCCAACACCUCGACUGAGGACAGGGCUGUUCAACAAGAUCACACCACCCCCUGGAGCCAGCAAAGAUGUGCUGAGGAAAUGUGCCACUUCCCAGGGUGUGCGGAACUUCAGUGUCCCAGUGGGCUUGGAUUCCAGUGUCCUCGUGGAUUUAGUCGUGGUGGGAUCUGUUGCUGUGUCUGAGAAGGGCUGGCGAAUUGGGAAGGGAGAAGGCUACGCUGAUCUUGAAUAUGCCAUGAUGGUGUCAAUGGGAGCCGUCCACGAGGGGACACCAGUCAUCACGAUCGUCCACGACUGCCAGGUCGUUGACAUCCCUGAGGCUCUUCUGGAGGACCACGACCUCACUGUUGACUACAUCCUCACUCCCACCAGGGUCAUUACUACAGGCUGUGCACGCCCAAAGCCAACAGGCAUCCUGUGGUCCAAGGUCAGCUGUGAGAUGCUUGCGAAAAUCCCAGUGCUCCGGAGCCUGCGCGAGCGAGAGAAACGGGCUGGGAAGGAUGUCACUCUUCAGGCCGAGCCUGGCAGCCAGCAGCCAGCCCCAAGCUCUGUCAGGAGACCCCAGGAUAGACCACAAGCCGGUUCCCAAGGAGGGUCCCAUAGUCCCCUGCAGGAGAUGGACACACAACUAGCUGCCACCGUGUGCGUGGGAAAUCUGCCCUAUAAUACUCGUGUGCGUGAGCUGAAGAGAGCCCUGCAGGAGCUGGGGGCAGCGCCCCUGAGGCUGACCUGGCAGGGGCCACAGCACAGGGCAGUGCUACACUACACAGACUCAGCUGCUGCCCAACAGGCUGCCUCUCUCCUGCAGGGCCUACGACUGGGUGCCAACGCCUUGAGGGUGUCACUGGGGCAGCAGAGGGAUAGGUGACCUGAUGAGCAGGCCACCCCAGCAGAAGAAUCGUGCCCUUUCUGCUACUGGGGUGUGUCUGCCAUGUGACAGUUUGCCCUCUGAGAUGACCUGCUGCUGUGUGAGGCUCCUGCUCUGUCUUCCUGGGACGCGGCCAUGCUCCCCUAAUGGGUAGGGAUGAUAGCAAGCAGUCCUGACACCCAGGAUGCUGUGAGCUCUGGCCCAUUCCAGUUCUGGGUCUCGUGAAAUCCAGGUGAUGUGCUCUGGGUGCAGAAGGUUUAGGGACAGAGCAGUCCGGACAAGAGGCACACAAUGGAGACCUGUUUCAGGGUGUUUGAGUAAGAGGGCAGAGGCCUGCAGAGAAGAGGCCAUGCAGGAUUGAGCUGAGUGUCCUUGGAGACACCCCUCCCCCCCAUGCCAGCCCAGCAGAACAGGCAUGGAAAGGGUGGGGCUUCUGCAUCCAGAGAACUCAAACCCCGAGUUCUGGUUUUGGAAACCAUGUGUUGUGCGCAUGCCAACGUCUACCCAGGCUGCUUAGGGCCACGCCAUCCCUCAGGUGAGGAUGCCCUCAGGUGAGGAUGCGAGGAGAGGAGCAUGGCGACUGCCUGUGUGCUCCCAGAAGCACUUGAUCCUAAGGAAAAACAUAAGCAUAAAAUGUGCAUGCCUGGGAAGUGUCUUGUUUUUACCAGCGGGUCUUGCACAGUGUCUGUUAGCAUUGUCCUUUGCCCUGGUAAGGGCAAGUCUCGCUCAUAUUAAAGGAAAAGAGCUUGUGACAUA